AUAAUUAAUUGUCUGCUUGACGCAUCGUGGGACGCUUUUAUUCGCGCCGUGUAAUUUUUAUUUAAGUUAAAAUUAUAAAAUGUCGGGAAUAGCCAGUGCACGUUUAGCGGAGGAGAGAAAAGCUUGGCGCAGAGACCAUCCUUUCGGAUUUGUUGCCAGACCUAUGAAAAACCCUGAUGGAUCACUUAAUUUGAUGACAUGGGAGUGUGCGAUUCCCGGAAAGAAGGGGACACCAUGGGAGGGUGGUUUAUACAAAUUGCGAAUGAUUUUCAAAGAUGACUACCCAUCGAGUCCCCCAAAGUGCAAAUUCGAGCCUCCUCUGUUUCAUCCCAAUGUGUACCCGUCUGGAACAGUGUGCCUGUCUCUGCUAGAUGAGGAGAAAGAUUGGCGUCCCGCCAUCACAAUCAAACAGAUUCUGCUGGGUAUCCAAGAUCUACUGAAUGAGCCUAAUGUGAAGGACCCUGCACAGGCUGAAGCUUACACAAUUUACUGCCAAAACCGACUAGAGUAUGACAAGCGAGUCCGCGCGCAGGCACGCGCCAUGGCUGCCACCGAGUGAACACACAACAUUCUGGAAUGUUCCUAAAGCUCAACUACCGCCAUUUCAAAGUGUAGCUGCAACUGUAACAUAUAUUUGAGUUCAUGCGGAACGCAAAGAGUCAUACAAUAUAUUGGUAUCUUUAUACUCUUUUCUGUGACUCUUUUCAUUCCACAGAGAGGGUAGAUAAAACGGGCAUUUGAUGAAAUUAAAAAUCAGUUCAGUUGCAGUAAACAGACAUGUUACAGUUGCAUCUAUGCUAUCUUGUCUGUUGCAGCCAAAUGCAUUCCACAAAAGAAUCUGUAAAGAACAUCAUUUGGUAUUGUAUACUUACUCUGAUUCCAGGGCUACCCCACAAGUCUCUGAAACUGGUUAAUAAUGUUAAUAUAUGUUUAAUUAGGGUUAGGUAUUAUCUUGUCUAAGCUGUAUCUCAAGUAUUAUUUUGUUAUAUUACUCAAGAUUGUACCUAAGGUUACAUCAACACUAGGGUGGAGCGAAAAAACACUUUUCUGGAAUUAGCAAACCUAAUAGUUAUCAAUCAAUGCCCCUUAGUCUAUGAAGCCUUUGUGCAAAUUUUCGGCUUUUUAAAUCAACAUCUUAUACCUCCG